CGGAGGCCCGCGGAGGCGCUCGUCGCGGAGGCCUCGCCGGAGGCGCUGGCGGCGCGCCUGCGCGCCUGCGCGGCGGCGCUGGCCUCCGGCAAGGCGGGGGCUCGCGGCCGGGGGACCGGGCAAGGCCGCCGCGGUGCUGAAGCGGCGCCAGGUGGCUGUGCAGGAGGCCAUCGAGCUCCUGGCCCAGGCGCGCGAGGCCGACGGCGAGGCCGGCGGGGCCCCCGGAGAUGCGCCCGCCGUGGCGCUGGCGCGGCUGCGCGAGGAGAAGGAGAGGCGGCAGCGGCCGCCGACGACUUCGACCGGGCGGCAGCCCUGAAAGAGGCCGCCGAGGUCCUCGUCUCCUGCUGCAGAGCCCAGGAGACCCUUCGUCCGAGCGCGGAAGGACAAGUGGUGAUGCUGUCGGGGCUCAGGUUCGCCAAAACAGCGCAGCGACGUGCGCAUGGUUGUCAUGCUCGCCAGCGGGAAUGCAAGCGUCCACGUAG